AUGCCGAGCCUUCCGUACACCGUGGGAGAGCUGGUGGAAUCGGCGUACAAACUCAUGCUCGCGGCCGUGUUGGACUCGAGCGACGAGGAACUCGCCGACGAUUUCGUGGUCGACGCCUUGGAGCCGCUGGCCCGCCGCAAUCUGAACGCGAUCGGCCCCGAGCGCCUGAGCCUUGCCAGGCUGCAGAGGGAGGCGGACGAGCACGGGUUCGACGGCGACGACAUGUCCUCUGCAACCUACCAGCAGUUCGGCUUCCGCCUCUCCUGGCUGUACGAGGUCGUGCAUGCACUGAAGGUGCCGCCCGUCUUUGACACGAUCUCGAACCACAAGUUCUCCGGCGAGGAGGGCGUGCUCAUUCUCCUGCGCCGCUGGCGCCACACCGGGGGCUUGCACACUCUCACUAUGGAGACAGGCCGAAGCAUCCCCGCCCUCUCUGAGUGCGUGGAGCACGUGCACCGCGAGUUCCCUCACCUGGUCGACCACCGCUCCUUCACCUCAUGGGCGAAUCACUUUGAGGACUUUGCUGAGGCCUUCCGCGAGCAUGGCCUGCCCAUUGACAACCUGAUCGGAUUCAUCGACGGCAAGCUCUGGCCGUGCUGCCGCCCGGGCAAGUACCAAGAGGUGCUGUACUCGGGGCACAAGCGCAUCCAUGGCAUCAAGGUCCAGGGCAUUGUCUUCCCAAAUGGGAUGCAGCCCUACCCGUACGGGCCGAUCAACGGCGCCCGCCACGAUUCCUUCGUCCUCUCGCAGUCUCGGAUUGUUGAGAUUCUGCACGACGUCUGCCGCGGGGGCCAGUUCGAGACGACCCCUGGUGGCCUUGGUAAGGACUAUGUUCUCUUCGGCGACUCGGCAUACCCCAUCAGCGCCUUCCUUUGGCGCAUGUACAAGGGCAUCAUGACGGCGGCGCAGACCACCUUCAACCGGGACAUGGCGCCGGCACGCGUCACAGUCGAGUGGGGCUUCGGCAAGAUUGUCAACCUCUGGCCAUUCCUGGACUACCGCAAGAAGAGCCAGGUCCUGCUCUCCCCGGUCGGCCUCUACUUUCCCGUGGCGAACGUGCUCACCAACAUGCACACAUGCCUCUCGCGCGGGAACAUUGUGAGCCUCGAGUUCGAGCUUGAGCCACCCAGCCUCGAGGACUACAUGAACGGUGGCCCGUACAACUAA